UAUUCUAUACUGAAUUGACGUGUAUAAUAACAUUACACUAUAUUAUAAAAUUAAUUAGGGGAAAAAAUGUGUAUAAGCAUAAUUAUAAUUAAAUCAAUUUAGUUUUUUAUAUUUUUAUGUUAGAAUCACACUGGAAAAAAAACACAUCAUAAUUUUCAAAACCAACAGAUACCGAUGAAAUACUGGGCAAUGAGGUAUAUGUUGUUUUCCAAAUUUAAUAGUGGAAUUCAAUUGGACGAAGAGAGUUUUUAUUCAGUGUGUCCAGAAGUGUUAAGUGAGCAUAUAGCAAAACGCUGUGAAAAUAACAUCGUGUGUGAUCCUUUUUGUGGAGCAGGUGGAAAUAUUAUUCAACUAGCCAUGAUAUGCAAAAAAGUUAUAGCAGUUGAUAUCGACCCCAACAAAAUAAGAAUGGCACGGCAUAAUGCUGAGAUAUAUGGUGUGGCCGAUAAAAUAGAAUUUAUAGUGGGAGACAUAUUUAAAAUUUAUCCAAGUUUAAAAGCCGACGUUGUAUUUAUGUCACCUCCAUGGGGAGGUCCAGGAUACUCCCAAACUAAAUCCUACACUAUUGAAACCAUGUGCAGUGAUCAUGUUGGGGGAGGUUUUAGAAUUUUCGAUAUCGUUAAAACUAUUGCCCCCAACAUAGCAUUUCAUUUGCCAAAAAAUACAAAUAUAUUAGAAUGUGUUAUGUUGGCAAAAGAUUUCGGUAAAGUGGAGAUUCAACAAAAUAUUAUUAAUGGAAAGCUGAAUUCUCUUACAGCAUUCUUCGGAGAUUUUUACUGGAAUACCUAGUAGUUGAUAUUUAGGUUUUAUUUUUUUUAAUAAUUAAUUUGU